GGGCAGACACGAUCACGAGGCUGCACGAGAGGGACGCCAAGCUCCACCCGAAAGGAAGGCGAGCGCAGUGACUUGUGGCUAUGCGUGCAAAUGCGGCCACUCCUACCGUGCAUGUUUAAGGCUAGUUUUUCACUAUCCGGCGUGCACUAUGCUUAUGCUAAGUGUCGCCUCCCUUGAUUCAUUUAACGGGGAAACUAAGGCGGAAAAGGGGGACGCACUUAACCUGGGAGAGUGAAGGCCUACCUCUCAUACUAAUGCGGCAUAGCGCGCCCUUUCUUUCAUACUCAGUAGAACGAAGCAUGGUCAAGCACAAGCACAGGCACAACAAUACGACAACAAUAACGAUGAAAAAUCGUGGCUGGGCAAGCGUAGUGAAAGGCUCAACCAAAAACACAAGCUGGGCUUUCCCAAUCCAAGAGAAAUUCAGAGCUCUGGUACAGAUUCUGAGUUUUAGAUUUUCUUGUCGAUCAUGUUAGGCAAACUUAUACUGAUGUCGAGCACCAGUCCCAUUUCCAGAACGAAGACAUCACCAUCAUCAUCAUCGUCAUCAUCUUCAAACUAGUAUUUUAUAUAAACUUGCUUCUCGUCUUUUCCACACCAGGUAAUUAACGCCUUUCAAUGAGACGAAGCAAUUCAAGCGAGGUACUAGGGCGAGCAAUACGUGCUCGACCAGGAUGCAACUUACCGAGAAACCUGACGGCUGGUUCCGUCUUUUCUGUCUAGAGGAAUGCAGACCUGACAUUCAUUAAGAUGUUGACAUUGGCGAUAAUGUCCAUGGUGCUCCUUAGUUCUACAGACAUUCAAUAGGAUAUUGACAUCGUAGUUGAAGGGUUUGCUCUUGUAAACUACAUCUGGCACCACUUCUUAUCUUGUGAGUAGGUGUUGACGAUGACGUUGCGACCUGCUACAUAUCUUUAUUAAGCUACUAUUUCUGCGAACUAAAACCACGAUAUGUGGAAGGUUUCUGAGUUCAAGGCUGGAAGAAAUCCUAUUCCGGCUUCUAAUCUUCCGAGUUUAACCUGCAAGAUUCGAUGACACGUCACUGGGUGGUCGCAGAAGAAAACGGAGUGGAGCACACGAAGUCACUGGUUGGAUAGUGUCUGAAGAACGUGAAGUGGAGCACACGAUGAAAAAACCAGGAUCGAUUGCUUCUCGAUCUUACGGCUAUAAUUUUCUCGCUUAUUAUGGCAUCGUGGUCUAGAGAUCUAAAUCUAUCUACUUCUACUUCCUAAUCCUAUGAGUCGGGUCACUUUCCAAGAUGACACAAGAUUCUGCGCCUUCUGCUUGUCGUGCUCAGUUCAUGCUGCACGGUGCACCACGGUCUUCAGUAUCAUUAGGUUCU